AUGCCCUACCUCGACACUGAUACCCUGGAUACCCUCGCUGGCCGUGCCGGCCCCGAACAGCUUUUUGUGCGCGAUUUCAAGGAGCGGAUUACACCCAAUGAGACGCAGAGGAACACCUUGAUUGUUGCGGGCGUUUAUUUCGUCGCUAUCUGUAUUCUAUGGCACGUACCAUACCUAAAAGUUAUCAUAUACCCUUUCAAGCUUUUGACAGUGGGGUUCCAUGAGAUGAGUCAUGCCUUCGUCGGGCUUCUGACAUGCGCAAGAAUUCAUUCUAUCGAGUUGGAUCCCGACGAAGGCGGCGCAACACGAAUGUCAGGCGGAAUAGCCUGGCUCACCCUCCCCGCAGGCUACCUAGGCUCGUCGUUCAUUGGCGCCUGCCUAAUCGCCUGUGGGUUCAACACGAACGCGAGCAAAGUCGCUUCUAUCGUCAUGGCCGUCUUCUUCCUUUUUACCCUCUGGUGGGCACGUAGGAAUUGGCUAUCUUGGCUGCUGAUCCUUGGCAUGUCUGGAUUGAUUGUCCUGUUCUGGUUCGUAGCUGAAGGCGUUGCUCUGCGAUACUUUGUCCUCUUUAUUGGUGUCAUGUCGUGCAUGUACGUCGUUUGGGACGUGAUUGACGACACCUUGGCCAGAAAAGUCAAUACGUCAGACGCUUCGGAAUUCGCAAGGCUUCUCGGCUGCUGCCCUUCUCGAGUCUGGGGCUUCAUCUGGCUAAUCGUCGCCAUCAUCUUCUUCGCACUGGGCGUUAUCGUCGGCCUUGUCUGCUUCAAGCAGAACUUGGAGCAGCAAAAGCAGGACUCUGCCAAGUUCCUGCCUGUCCCUGGCUCGAAUUCGAACAGCGCAGCGAUGGGCUUGUCGCCGAACGCGAGCACGUACCUCUCGUGCUUGGUUUUCGUGUCGCUGAGUAUCAUGAAUCUACUGUAG